AUGUUAUACAAUAUGAGCUACCCUCGUGACCAGCCGACGGCAGCGACGGCCCAAUCCGUCAAGCCAAUCGCUCCUCCUCGGCCAAGACAGCGGUGCUCACAGCCCAUGCCCUUCGACCCCGAGGAGCUAUCUCAAAAGCUUGUCAAGGUCCUUGCCGAUCAGAAGCUUUAUGCUGAGAAGAGGAAGAGAGCCAGAGCAGAGGGCGCCGCGCCAUCAUUGCCGGCGGCGCCAGUUCCGAUUCUCAACGGGCUACAGGAUGCCCACCCACAGCAUACGAGCUUGGCCAGAGAAUACCUCGAUCAAGGGUCACUCAAGCCUGGCCAGUCCACUAUGUCAAGAACUGCGCCGCCAGUCGCCAAGCCGACGAAAGAGACAGUCGACUCUAGCAGCUCCAUCCGGCCAAAAUCCAAGACGUCCGACGGGGACAGCCGCAGCUCCAAGUCUGGCCGAAAGGACUCUUCAUCAAAACGCAAAGGCUCUGACGGUGACAGGCAUCCUUUUAUCCCGCAGUUCGCUGCCACGCAAUUCUCACGCACAACAACGACCGAGAAUACGUCUGACAGCAAGGGUCUCGUCCGCAAGCUGUCAAGGACGGCCCUCAGACUUGCUCAGGGCCACCGCGAGAGGCGCCAAGACCGCGCCCCUGUGACCCACGACCAGAUCCCGGAAAUGGCUGAGCUGAGCAACACCCGCGCGCACCGCGACCGCAACUCCCAUAGGCACACCAUCGAGGGACCGCUGGGCGUUGGACGGUCCGGUGAGACGGAUCACACAAGAUCAGCCAGGCGGGCGACUACCGGCGACAUCCUUAUUCCUUUUGAGUCUGGUGCCUCUUCGCCGUAUCAAUAUGAUAAUCCCGAGGCGACGGAUCACAAUCCGUAUGAGCACCGCGUGGACUGGACUCAGAGUGACGAGGCGCAACCGCCGCCAAAGACCAAGCCGUCGCUGCGCAAAGCGGAUUCCAUCUGGGCACUGAAGCACAAGCUCGGGGCCUUUGCCAGACACGGGCGGGAAGAAAACCACUCCCGGGAUAACAGCCCACCGUCCGACACUGCCCUGAGGUCGCCCAAGAGCGGAUUCUUUGCGCGGUUCAAAGUCAACCACUGA